AUGUCAGCUGAGGGUGACUCGUCCUGUGCAACUGAGGAAGAGGACUCAUCGGACAGCGACGAUGAGUGCGAAGCGAACGCAAACACCAACACUGCAUCAACGAUCAAGCCCACGACGAUUCCACAAGCACUAAGAGUUCCUGACAAAAAGGUCCUACCAGGUGCAUCUACUGCACCACCACCGAAUCCAGCAUGGUACACUAAAAGAAUAAUGGAGGAGGAGCGGCCAGAUUUGGCCGGGAAAGAUGGAUCCUUUGAAAUUACGAGCAGAACAGCAGGUUUCCAGGGUACCGAGUUGGAUCUGCUCGAUAGGCAUGUCCGCGAUCGUGCUGAACUUCAAAUGGAAGACAUCAUAGUGAACGACGAUAACUAUGACGAAGACGACCGGCGCUUUGUUCGUUACGAAAUUCAGUUAAAAUACAACGAGGGCAGAUAUUCAGCCAUUUACAUCGUCUCCAAGCAAGUUUGUAAAGAGUAA